CUCAUAAUUAUAGUGUUUUUGGUAUUCGUUCUUAUAGCUGAUGUGAGUGAGAUUUGUGAUGUUGCUGUUAAUAUUAUCUUUAAUCGUGUUCGCAUUGUACUGGGUAUGGGGAUGGUGUGUGACAUCACGUUUGGAACCCCCCGAACAUCCCGGUAGGGUUCCACUCAUUGGACAUCUACACAUUUUCUUAGGAAACACUAUUACCCUAUGGAACACUGUAAAGGAAUUAUCGUACACCAGUUUGCGAAUGGGUGGUGUGACAUCCAUAUAUUUUGGACCUCGGAUUGUUUAUGUUUUGACAGAUCCUGACGAUUAUUUGACUGUCGCUAACGCAUGUCUACAAAAGGAUAGUAUCUAUAAUAUUGCUAAACCCUGGCUCGGGGAAGGGUUAAUCACAGCAACACUGUCAAAAUGGAAGCAUCAUCGAAAGUUGUUGAAUCCAGCAUUCAGUCAUCUCGUGUUGCACGGUUUCCAAGGAGUUUUUAAUAGUCAGUCCCGUCGCCUGGUGAGGGAUAUGGCAUCGGAGGCGGGGAAAGGACCUUUCGAUCACUGGGCUUACACGCGACGGAAUGCGUUGGAGACUAUCUGCUUGACCGCUCUGGGAGUUGAUUUCUGUGAGAACAGUGUUCUGAACAGUCAGUAUGAGCACGCGGCGGAGCAGAUGCUCACCGUGCUGGUGGAGAGGUUCCAGAAGUUCUGGCUUAGCAGCGACUUUAUAUACAACUGGUCGAGCCUGAAGAAGAAACAAGAGAGAUGUCUGGAUAUAUUGCACAGUAUGUCAAACACGAUUAUAAAAACGCGUAAAGCUUCAUACUUAAGCAAUAAGAAGAAUGGAUUAGAAGCAUCCACAGGAACGAAAUUCAAGGCGUUUUUGGAUCUUCUAUUAGAGUUAUCUAUUGAGAAAGGAGCGUUUAACGACUUGGAGAUAAGGGAGCAAGUAGACACAAUGAUAGUCGCAGGACACGACACGUCUGCUAAUGUUUUAAUGUACACCUUAGUUAUGAUUGGAUCGUAUCCGAAGGUGCAGGAGAGAAUUUUCAAAGAGUUAUACGACAUUUUCGGGAAUGACGAUAGAGAUGUGACUAAGCAAGAUUUAUCUCAAUUGGUAUACUUAGAGGCCGUGCUGAAGGAAACUAUGCGGGUUUACACCAUUGUGCCCAUGACUGCGAGGUGGCUUGAUAGAAAUGUCAAACUAAAGAACUACACGUUAACCGCUGGUCGGACCUGCCUUAUGUUCGCGUACGGGGUCCAUAGACACGCCAUGUGGGGACCUGACGCUGAGGAGUUCAAGCCCGAACGCUGGCUGGAUCCGGCCACUCUGCCGCAAAGUCCCAACGCCUUUGCUGCAUUUAAAAUGGGCAGAAGAAAUUGUUAUGGUAAAACGUACUCCUAUUUGUCGAUGAAAACAACGUUGGCUCACCUAUUACGUCACUACCGAGUACAAGCCGACCAUAAUAAGAUGAUAUUAAAAGUUGACGUCAUGCUCAAACCUGAAUGCGGUCACUUUAUAUCCAUAGAGAAGAGAUAAAAUGUUAAUUCCAAAUAAAUACCUGUAUAAAAUUAUUCUUUGCUUAUUAAAAAUCACUUACAUACAUAAAAAAAAUACAACGUGCUCUAAAAUUCAGGAUUUAUUUUUAAAAUUAUUUUUCCCCACGUAGUUAUCGACCUGGCUGUACACCAGAACCGAUUUAUCGUUGAAUUUUGGCACACGCUGUAUAUACGCGUAAAAAACAAUACCCUUUUCGAGAAUUUUAACAUUAUUUUUAUCAAAUUGUAUUAAUUACUGUACAUACAUAAGUUUAUUUUUAAUUUCCAAUUAUAUUAUGUAUCAUAAAUAUCGAAAU